AUUUUAAGGAAACAUUUGUAAAAGGAAAAAACGGCCCGUAUUCACAAAUUAUUAAACAAAAAAAAUAAUCAGUGAGGAAGGGGCAUCGGAACAGCGAAAACGACCGUCGAGGACGAUGCCUUUCGGUGGCUAAUCUGCUUCUAGUGUCCCUAUAAGCUUCUUCUAGCCUAUGAAUAAUCUAAUCCAAUUGUUAGGUCAGAUUUUAUGUAUGCCUUUCCUUUUUCAAAAGGAACCUAUGGAUUUGAUGCUUAAUUUCCUCUUUAAUUGGAUUGGAAACGUAUCCCUUAUAUAUUUGAUCCAGAGGAUAUAUUUAUUAUCAGAUCUUUAUAAAGAAAAUGGAAGCGGAAGUUGCAUUAUUCAUUAAUUAAUUGAUUAUUAUUUUGUUAACACUUUUAGAUUUUAAGUGGAUAAGUGAUGAAAGGAUAAUAUGAUUUUACUUGGACCAGGACAUACAGCAUUUUAGCGCUAUUUUAUCUAAACGUCCAAAUUCAACUUUCGAUCUCUUGUUAGUUAUUCCUUCCUAAAACAUUAAAGUUAAUUCCGUAGAGAUAAAAGAAAGACUUGGUUACAAUAAAGAGGGAUAAAAAAAAAGGCAUAGGGGAUCUAGCAAGCAAUCACACAAUACAUCAAUCCUAUAAAUACAUCACCCAAGUAUCAAAUUCCCUUAAACACAAAACACACACAAAAAAAAAAAAAAAAAACAGAGGAAGAUGAGCUCUGUACAACAACUAUCUGUGCGCUGUACCAACAACAAGGUUAUUACAGAAAAGAGAAGAACGGUGACAAUACCUUCAAAUGGCAAUAAGAUAGAGAGCAAGCAGACGAUCCAUCAUGACGUCGACAAAUGCGCCGAAGCUUUCAUCCAGAACUUCCGACGACAGCUUCUUCUCCAGUGCGAUACCAUCCUCCCCGGAGCCAGAGGAGGUCUUUGAUGUAUAUAUAUACUCUUAGUAUUAACACUUACAUAUAAAAGGAUUACGUCUCAUGUGCGGUUUCAGUUGUUUGAUAACAUGUCUAAAUUAAAAUUACCACAAAUUUUAUAAGGAAACAAGAAAAGAAAGCUUUGGUUUCUCAACUAAUAGAUGAAUGGGAGAGA